CUCUUCUGUCCAUCAUCCAUACAGUGACAUAACUACACCGGCCAUUUGUGCCAAUAGACACCAUCACAAUCAACACACACGCAAAAACCGACGCUACAGUUAAGAAUAACUACCUAACAGAGCUUCCACUCGGUUGCCAAGACAAACGGUAUCUACCUCUAUUUGCAUCAACCUCACGCAUCAUUCAUCAAGGCCGUUGAAAGAACAAACGGGUAUCAAAAUCGAUCCCGAGCAAAAGACAAUUCAAGGAAGUUUCUUCCCACCUUCCCAACCGACUACAAUACCAAAACACCAAACAGUACCUUCAAUGGAAGACCAAGUCUACUACCACAUGAUGAUGUCCGACCUCGAGCGUCGCAAGCGGACUCAGAACCAUCAUACACCCGAGAUUUCCCCCCCUACCCAUCCUCCCCGACAACAACAGCAACAACAACGACAACAACAGCAACAACCGCACCACUGGCAUCAUCCCUCUUACUUUGAUCUGUACCACCACCAACACCACGAGGACGACCACCACACUCUUCUUCUUCAGAAAACCGGAACAACAACACGAAGAUUGGGGACGACAACAGCUAUUUCUUCGGCUGCUUCGUCGCCUACUUCGGAGACUAGGCCAUCGAGUCCAUUGCUGUCGGGGUUGAGGAGUGCGGUUCUGGCGGGGUUGGAUGUUUUGCAUUUGAAUCAUCCUUAUCCUCACGGAAGUGAUGGGAAUGGGAGUGGUAUUGAGAGCAGGAGGAACUCGUCGGGGAGUCAAGGCGGGCAUUGAUUGGUUGAUGAUGGGUAAGAGAGAAGGAGAAGGAGGAUGGAUGAUU